CUUAACGGCUUCCCGUCGGCUACGUAUCAUCCCCGGAAGGUUUUACCUUUCUCCUGACACGUAGCAACCGCAACCAAGUUGUUAGGGUUCUGGGUAGAUUUGUCAAACAUCACAGAGUGAGAGAUGGCAGGGUUUGACAAUUUCAACACAGACUUUUACCAGUCCAGCUACAGUGUAGAUGACCAAAGCCAGGGCGGCUAUGGCUACAGCAACGCUGAAAACUACAAUAAGCCAUACGGUCAGUAUGACUACUCCCAGCCCAUGGACUACUCUUCCCCAGGGAUGAUGCAACCCCAGCAGCCAUACACAGGACAAAUCUUCCAGCCCACACAAACCUACACCCCAUCCCCAUCACAAUCUAUGUAUAGUAGCAGCUUCGAUGAUGAGCCACCACUGCUAGAAGAAUUAGGAAUCAACUUUGACCACAUCUGGCAGAAGACUCUGACGGUGCUCCAUCCGCUAAAGGCAGCAGACGGCAGCAUCAUGAAUGAGACAGACCUGGCUGGCCCCAUGGUCUUCUGUUUGGCGUUCGGAGCAACACUUCUCCUGUCUGGUAAGAUCCAGUUUGGCUACGUGUACGGUAUCAGUGCAAUUGGCUGCCUUGGCAUGUACUGCCUACUCAAUCUAAUGAGUAUGACGGGCGUCUCCUUCGGCUGUGUGGCCAGCGUGCUGGGAUACUGCCUCCUCCCUAUGAUCCUCCUCUCCAGCUUUGGAGUCCUCUUGUCUUUACAGGGCAUGAUUGGAAUUAUACUAACGGCAGCAAUCAUUGGCUGGUGCAGUUUGUCAGCCUCAAAGAUCUUCAUCUCGGCGUUGGCCAUGGAUGGACAGCAGCUGUUGGUUGCUUACCCCUGCGCUCUCUUGUACGGGGUCUUUGCACUCAUCUCUGUCUUCUAAAAAAUAAAUAAAAUAACGAAUUAGAUAACUGCCUCCCCCCAGUUUGUGUAAUUCCAGUGUAUUGGCUAAUAACACUGUUAUUACAGAAAAUCAGAGCUCCUGUCUAAAUCGGCACCAAUUUUUUGUUGUUUAAUAAACCUCCACCUCUCACUAAAUUCGGACAUGACCAUCUGCAGGCUGGAGUGUAGUGUCUCGUCUGUAAUGUCUUCUCUCCACCUUGCACCCCCUCAUACAUUUAAAGGAGAGGACUGUCAAAUAACCUGGUGAAAAAUAACUCCUGUGGACCAAGUUGAGCCUUAAAUGGCAUAGUACAGUCAUGAUUUUUAAUGACACGAAGGGGAAGGAAGCGAGCAACUAGUUCACACAAGGGGAAGAAUUAAUUUGAACACAGAUGUGAAAAGGUUCUAAAUUUCCAAGAAGGGCCGAUAACCAACCCUCAGCAAAUGCUGCAGCCCCAUCUGGAGCCAGUGGAUACGCCACGUAUCAUGAUUUUUGCAAAAGCUGUUGCAAAACAGUAGAUGUUACAGCUGCAAGACUAAAGGAAACACCCACUUUCCUACAGUAUACUAGAAGACUACAGUAGCUCAUCCUACUUCUCCACAGAAACGGAAAAUGGGGGUCUGCACCUCGGCCUUCUUUUCUCCAGGGCCAUGGAUCUCAUCAUUUGCUCAUCACAGCAGUGAUCUGAUAUUUGAUGUAAGAACAUGUAAUAAAACUGUAUUGUUUUAUUAUAUUCUCUUAAAAAUUCAUUUGAGUUUUGAUGCCUUUCAAGAAGACAAAAAUACAUUUUGCACAAAAGCAUUGUUAUCAUUUUUAAAACCAAACGAAUUUGAUAAGACAUUGAGAAUUAAUGGUCUGAGAGAUACUGUACUGUGUAGGUACAAACAUGCCUCCAUAGGUUGUUGCUAUACUUUGCAUGCUUUCUUAAAUCUCACUUUGUAUGCUUAUGUGUCAUCUGUUUGUGUCUUCUCAUGCACAUUAAAGUUGUCUUUGAAGGUUAUUUGCCUUGUGCUAGUAAAAAAGGUACCUUGUAUGGUCAAGCAGAUAACUGUAAGAAGAGACUGAAAUAUUGAACUUGGCCUGUGGACCUAGAGCGGGCUGCUAUGACCGCUGGAAGAAGUGGGUGUAUGAUAUAUAAUGACGGUUUUCAACAACACGGGGAGAUUUUAUCACAGCUGGUUCGUAGUUCAAAGGAAAUAAUCCGCACACUGUGAUUCACACCAUUGCCAUUUUUAUUGAGUGCAGACAUUUCUUUGUAGAUUCACCCUAAGAACAUUUCCACUUCUCAAGUCAUCAGCUGCAAGUACUCUUAAAGGCUUUCUACCUCUCACAUGUGUUUAGGAUGGGUAUACUGUUAUUAGUUAAAUGUUUAUUUUCAUCAACUAGAGAGGAGUUAUUUACAUGUGCAUGUUUGUCAGUAAAACCAUCACCUUUACACCCUAGCACAAGGUACUGGAGCUAUUAACUCACAAGCUAAUAUAAAAGCACUGUAACUUGUUAACAAAUAGAGAAUGGAGUAAAUAUGACAACACAGAGAUCAGCUUUUAAAAUAAACUUGUGAGCAAAAACUUAGUGGCAUUACUGAAAAUCACAGACCAAACUUCUGCAGAGAUUAUUGUAUUGGAGGUUUGUCUGAUUUUGUCAUCUUGAUCAGUAAAACCAUAUGCCCUCAAGGUCAGUUGUAUUUGGCAGAAUAAUGAUCACAACUCUUCCUAUUCAUGACCUGGUGUGUGGAGGACACUGCUCCGCCACAUUGCUUUCUUAUUCUUUAAAUACAAGAGUUUUUAUGGUUAGAACACAUACAGUAGCUCUAUUUUUUUCUUCUCCCUUGUGAGUUUUCGUUGCUCUAACAUAUACAAAACACAUACACAGGGGGGCUCCUUAAAUGGAUGAUAACCCACUUAAGAUGAAUGAAUAAUUCAAAAAGGAAAAUGGAGUGCUUUUUCUGUUCCAACAAAUUCAACAUCAAGGAGAUACUUUGCAUUUCAAGCAAACCUAACAUGAGCAGUCUGCUCUCACAGGCCAUGCUCUCAUAUGGCUCAUAAUUGUUUAAAUAGAUGCAUCUUCUGUUUUGUAUAUUGAUUUACAUAGGAAGUAAACUUGUAUGUUGGUGUUAACUGCGUUCUUUUUAUGUAUGAAAGUGUUCAGUGUCACACUUUCACAGGGAUUAAUUUGGUUUCUGUCUAAAUAAAACAUUGCUUC